AUAAAGAAAGCUUGAAACCUAACAUGUCCACCAAACUUGUUGUUAAGCUCCUUCCAUGGACAGUUGGGAGUCGGGAACUCAGGAGCUACUUCUCUAAGUUUGGUUACGUCACGAGGUCUAUGGUCGUGUUUGACAAAGAUACUGGAUUGAGCAAAGGCAUUGGCUUUGUUCACUUGAAGAAAGGAGAGAACUUUCAGUCUCUCAAUGAGUACAGUGAUCACGUAAUUGAUGGCAAGAAAAUUGAAGUAUCAGAAAAACGUUAUUGAGAUUUUUU